UUAUAUGAGACUCUUUUUCUUUCUAUCUAUGCGAGCUCCACUAAAAAUCUAUUAUGUCGUUGUAGUAAUUUCCUUUGUUUUGGUCUUAUAUACAUGCAUAAAAAAAGAAGCCUCAAACCUCCAAGAAUCAUCAUCAUUAUCAAGCAAUAUAAUAAAAGCAAGGCAACCCCAUGUUCUAGAUUUGUAAUCUUUUUGGUAAUCCAAUUUUUUUUUUAUAUAUUACACUUUCUAUUAUUUCAUUGAUCUUUCUUAUUGCUUCCCUUGUAACUCCAAAAACCAGCUUGGAAAAAAAAUAUUUGGAGAGAUUCUUUUGAGAUCUUGCUUUGUUGUUCAUUUUGUUGAGUUUUAUUUCUUCCAGAAAAAAUUCAACAACAAGAAGCCCUCCAUAAAUAGAAAGAAAAAAAGACAACGUUUUUCCUUUGUUUUAUUGUGAAAUUAAGUUUUUAGAAAAUGGGAAUGGCAGCUGCAGAUCUACAGUUUCAUGUUCUAGCUGUUGAUGAUAGUUUAAUUGAUAGAAAGCUCAUUGAAAGACUCUUUAGAAUCUCUUCUUGCCAAGUCACUACUGUGGAUUCUGGAAGUAAAGCUUUGGAAUUUCUUGGUUUACAAGAAGAACAUGAUGACCAGAAUCACCCAAAUCAGCCUUGUGUUUCUCCUAGCAAUCAACAGGAAGUGGAAGUUAAUCUUAUUAUAACAGAUUACUGUAUGCCUGGGAUGACAGGUUAUGAUUUGCUAAAGAAAAUUAAGGAAUCUUCAUCUCUGAGAAACAUACCUGUAGUCAUCAUGUCAUCUGAAAAUGUUCCUUCAAGAAUCAGUAGAUGCUUAGAAGAAGGGGCAGAAGAAUUUUUCUUGAAGCCAGUGAGAUUAUCAGAUGUUAAUAAACUUAGACCUCAUAUGAUGAAAACCAAAUGUAAAAGCCCCAAACAAGAACAACCUGAGAUAAUUGUCACACAAGAAAAUCAAAAAUCAAUAGACAUUGCAUAUGUUGUUCCACCAGAAGUACCACAAACAGAAUCAGACAUCACGGUACAACAACAACAACAACAGAAAUCACAAGUCAAUAGUAACAACAACAAGAAGAGAAAGACCAUAGAAGAAAAUCUAUCACCAGACAGAACAAAACCAAGAUUCAGUAGCCUUACUGCUAUCUGAUCUCUUUUACAAAUAUAUAACUGUUUUUUUUUUCUUCUCCAAUUUGGAAUCAAUCCAGAUAACCCCUUUUGUUUUUCCUUUUUUCAACUUUUUUUUAGUUAACAGAGUUUAGGAUAAUGUGAGAUGAAUCCUAAUGUAGAAAAUGUAUGGAGGAUGAGUCAAAGAAAAGGACUGAAAGAGUUCUAGGCUGGCGCUACUUCCUAAAAAGGGAUGUAUAUGACACCUCAGGUGAAUUCCACACAUCAGAAUGAGAGAGAAGUACAGAGUACUAUAAGACAUGACACAAGUUCACAUGGUACAUACACUUUUGAGCUCGAUGAUGGUGUAGCUCAAGGAACAAAUUCGUGAGUCUAUUGGGCCAAAGCGGAUAAUACUUACCAUGAGCUUGGACUGUGACAGUUGUUGUACACAUUUGUACAUCGGAAAAAACUUCCAUCCAGUUUUGUUUUGCUAAUCUUAGAGGGGAACAGUAUUGCAAAGUAGAUAGAAAUGUGCUGAAAUUUACUUCUUGUAAAUAGACAAGCAUGUUUAACAUAGAAGUGAUAUUCUAUUUUUGCUUUCUCA